ACAAAGAGUCAACUAUAGCUUGAUUGACUGAGUCAUGAAUCAUCAAAAUGAAUCUAUCCAUAGUCACAUGAAGAACAUUUCUUCACACACCACACAUGACUGCACUAUCUAAAAAUUACCCACCCAUCUGCUCUGCAUGAACUACAACAGUUCUUUUUCAGUUGGUGGUGGGGUGCACAUGCAUCAGGCUGACUUUGUACAGUGCCAUGAGCUUCUUGUGAAAGAGAUGAAGUAAAACCUCAGCAACAGAGGGCCUAAACAAUUCCUUCUUCUUUGUUUCCAGAUCUGCUGAUCCUUCACCAUGUAGCAGCAGUAAAGGUAGGUUCAUUUCAAAUGUCUCUUCUCAGAAGUUCCACUUGCAGACGUCAAAGUCAAUACUUCUUUCCCAGGAAGACCAUGCCCAUCACCAGCUCUUUGUUCCCAAGGAAGAAAUGGGACAAAGAGCCCUCUCCGCGCUCCUCAUCUCCAUGCUAAUCUUCUCCUUUUCCCCUUGUUCCGAUGGCCAGCAGCAAUGUGCCUUCACUGGUGCAGGCUCAGCUCAGGUCAGAGCUGGCUACUGGUUCUCCCUGUACAGCCAUGACUUCCCUGUUUCGAGCAUCGACGCAUCCCUCUACACUCAUCUCUACUACUACUCCCUCCCCCUCUCCUAUGAUGAAGCCAACGCCGGCGUCUCGGUCUUGCCUCAUGACCAGCUCCCUCUCCUCGGCAUUUUCUCGAACAGCCUCAAGUCAAGUAGCCCUUCCCUCAGAACCCUGUUAUCCAUCGCAACCGAUGAUCACCAAGCUAAUGACUCAAACGCCGCUUUCUCCGCCAUGGCAGCGGAUCCAGUGCUUCGAGCAGCCUUCAUUAACUCCACCUUAGAAUUAGCCAGAGCAAACAGAUUCGACGGGUUAGACUUGGCAUGGCAGUUCCCGAGCUCGCCAUCGGACAUGACCAACCUCGGAAUCCUGCUCGACGAAUGGCGAGCUCGGAUCGGCGAAGAAGCUCGGAAUUCCUCAUCGGCUCUCCUUCUGACCGCCACAGUGUACUUCUCGAACCACCUGUUUGAUGAAGCCACUGACAACCUCGACUACCCGACGGAUGCAAUCUCAAGAAACCUGGAUUGGAUCAAUGCUCUCUGUUUCGGCUACCACAAGAACAGCAAUGUCACUGCCCACGGUGCUGCGCUCUUCGACAAGACCUCCCACUUCUCCACCAGCUAUGGGAUCACCUCGUGGUUGGACGCAGGCAUCCCUGCGAGCAAGCUGGUGAUGGGUGUGCCACUGCAAGGCAGAUCUUGGUUUCUCAGGAACAAGAUCAAGAACAAGGCAGGUGAUCCGGUGGUGGCUGCAGGACCCAGGCAGAAGAUGAGCGACCGAAUUGGCGUGAUGGCCUACUCAGAGAUCGAGGAGCUCAUGAAGGAUCCACGCUCUGGUUUUGUGUAUGACAGCCAGACUGUGAGUUCCUACCUCCACUCCGGAGAUCUGUGGGUGAGCUUUGACAGUCCUGAAGUUGCGGAAGACAAGAUCAGAUUUGCUCAACACAACACUUUGUUGGGAUACUUUCUCUGGCCAAUCAAUUUUGAUGAUUCAAACCGCACAAUAUCCAAACAAGCUUCCGAUGCCUGGCUCAGAAACUAUGAUUCUUCCUGCUACAGAGAUGAAGAUGGCUUCAAACAGGCACCAUCUCCUUCUGUAGCACCACAGGAAGAUGCAGCAGCACCAUUAGCAGCCAUUUCUGGAUCAGCACAAAGGUCCGCAAAGAUUGAUUCCUGUCAUCUGGCUCUGUAUCUUUUGCUGUGUUUUCUGUUCAUUUGACGACAGUGUGUGCAGCCAAACACUGUAAAGAGAGAAAACCUACAAGAUUCUUUUAGCAGAGGCCUCCAGAGCUGCUUCCACACUUCAAUUGUCACUCCAAAAUUGGACCUUCGCUGUCGCAUCUUUGUCGAUCAUCUAAUAGAAUCGAACAUGACUUCCAAUCAACAUUCCAAGCCAGAAGAAUCGCAUCGCAGAAGAUCGACAUCGUGGUACGGUCAAUUUUGAUCGUCAAUCCGACAUCGCAAAAUUUAUUUGAUAUGUUAUUUUCUGGGUGUUCUCUCGCGUUUUGGAAGACCAAAAGAAAAGCUCGAUUGAUCGAAAAAAAUCAUGCAACUAAAGGCCGGAGAAUAUUGACAUCACAAUGGUCAAUUUUGAUCGUCAAGUUGAUUUGAUCUGUUGAGGAAAAGAAGCUCGAUCGAUCGAUCGAUCGAUCGAUCGAAAAAAAUAUAUAUGUUAAACGAAGGCCAGAGAAUGAAUCCACAGAACACACAAUGCAUAAUCCAACCAGACUAUCAAUCCUUUAUAAGGUUCUCUACCGUGUGUCCCAACUCACCGACCAGGCUCCCAGAAAGCCCAGAACUGGAGUCGAUUCACGCGGCGAACGUUGAAGGAGAAGAGCAUGGCCGCGAAAUCGGCCCAAGAGGAGAGCUUUUCCUUCCCCCGCGGUUCGAACGCCAAGCAAUCGAAGAAGCGUGUAUGAAUCUGAUGCCUCCGAAUAACCAGAGGAAGUCUCAAUGAUGAAUAAAUGUGGUUGCGUCCAAGGUGUUUGUGGAUGUGUCGACAAGAACUUUGUCGUCUUAGAAGGUUGGCUGGAACGAUUGGGAUAUUGGCUUUGUUGUUGCUGUUAUUGCGAUCUAAAUGUGAUGAUGGAAUUGAUGUUCUGACGCACAUGAAGAGUAUAAUCAGAUUCGGGAGGAGACGGUGAGAUCUCCAGGUGUGUUCGCAAGCUGCAGCUCAACUCGUCUGAGAAACUCUCGGUCGAGUCUGGAACUGGUAGCACCGAGUCAUGGACCUCGCCCGAGUCUGAAACCACCUGAUUUAUGUGAAGUCGCAUGGGGGUACGGUCACCAAGAUGAGCGUGGUUUUUAGCAGCACCCCGUCCUUUGAAGAAUAGCUAGGGCAUCAGCGGUGAGCCUUCCACCUCUCCGCCGCGCCGUGCACCGCUGGUUCCAGUACCGAAGGCGUGACCGCCGCGGCGGAGCGGGGGCCAGGGGCAACGGAGAGGAGCGGUAAAGAAGGAAUCUUAAAGGUGGAAUCCCUGCAUGAUCGGCGAGCGCUGAGUUAACUAUCUUAGUGCUGUUCUUGAAAAGCCUCUCUCCUGCGACAAUGUGUUCGACUGGUGUAUAGGUUUUCUUACAACUUCUGUUUCUUGAGGGGCAGAUGAAUCUGGAGGUGGUUAUCCUGAGAGAAGACACAGAAAAAAAUAAAGAAAAAACAAGCAAAAAGAAUCCCGACGAUACAAAAGAAUCUACUUCAAGAGUAUGCACAGAAAAUGAACUAUGCAAUCCCAUCCGAUAUAUGCACCAAAAAUUCCUCUGGAGCAACUCCUUUUACAUGUACGGUUGAGAUUGGUGGAAUUCAAUACAUAGGAGCUGCAGCAAGGACAAAAAAGGAAGCUGAGAUAAAAGCAGCAAGGACAGCUCUUUUAGCGAUACAGAGUCAGUCUCAGGGGGGGCAUAGGUGGUGCCUUGCAGUACACUGUCCUUCCAGGCAAAAGGAAGGUGAAGGAGCCAGAGCUGCCAGCUGAAGCAGUGAAAAAGAUUAAACCCAAGAAGGCCAACUUUAAGAAGUGGUCGAAAAAGCGGUUCCAACGAAGUAAAGACAAUCAAGUAGUCCAGUCAACCAAAAAUGAAACUGAGGUUUAUAUGCUAGAAGAUGCUUCAAGGGUGCCCAGCAGUGCUAUCCAAAUCGAGGAGGCUGCUCAUGAUUCUUGAGGUGAGCAUGAUCAGUCCAAAUCUGGAGACCUGAGCUCGUAGUUGACUGUAGAAACAAGUGGAUAAUUGGAUGUGAAUGGUGAAAUUUAGAGCUUUGUUGAGAUUGGUAGUCUGUAAAUUUAGGUCUCGACACACCAUAGAGUUACAAAAAUCACUUGUGUGAGACUAGUUUAGAGUCAGCAUAGAAGAACAGGUUCUGGUUGGAUGUUAUUUUCAGUCUACAAAGUACUGGGCAGUCUCUCUGUUGGCCAUUAUUUCUUGUUCUUCAAUCUAUUAUAGUUUACUGUCCAAAAGUAGGUUUCAGGGAACUACUUGUGACAAAUUACUCAUUUGGAUUAAUAUGAUCAUGUGUGAGAGGAAUUAGUUAGCUGAA